AAUCUUUCAAACGUAUAUUUUAAUUGAAUAUUCUUUCAGCGAAAAUGAAUCUGGAAAAAACUGAACGGCAUUUACCAGAUUCGAGGAGUAUAUUUGAAGAAAUAGAGUUCCAUAAUAGAACUCCUAACCGACUCAGUGACCAAAGUUCGGCAUCAGCAAUAAUGACUACAGUAGAACCAGAUGAGCCAGAAUUAAUAACUGAAAAGGAAGACAAUUUUGAAGAUAAAAAAUAUUUUUGCACGAACUUAAAAUUCUACGUUAGAGAACUUACUCAGACAAUCGAAGUUCACGGGCUGUGCUACAUAUUUGAACAAGGUCGAACUUUGUUUGAACGUUUGUUUUGGAUAAUCAUUCUGCUGACAUCUCUGGGAAUGUGUGUUCUUCUUGUAAUAACAAUACAGAACAUGUAUGAAAAUACUCCCAUAAUUAUUAGUUUCUCCACACAAAGCACUCCUGUCUAUGAAAUUCCUUUUCCUGCUGUUACUAUUUGUUCCCAAGUAAAGGCACCUUUACGGGAGCCCAGUUUUGUAGAGAUUCGGAGGAAUUAUGUGAAUACUGGAAAAUUUUCAAGCAAUGAGGAUUUUGAAUAUUUUCAAUACAUGCAAUUUGUUUGUGACAAUGAUUUUGUUGGGAAAAAUAUGUUCGCAUUUAAAAACGAAUCUUUGCGUCAGCUGGACGAUUCCUUUUUCGAGACUAUGAAGGCGUUUAGUCCGAAAAUAGAUGAAAUGAUGGAUAGCUGUUUUUUCCUUGGAGAAUUAAAAAAUUGUUCUGAUUUGUUUACAGCUGUUUAUACUAAAAUUGGUGUCUGUUACUCAUUUAAUAUGGUGGACUGGCGGGAAAUAUUUCGUGAAAAGGCGUAUAGACUUAAACAUUCAGGUUAUUUUGAAAGUAAUAUUGAUGGAGAUUCGGAUUGGUCUGUUGAAAAUUAUUAUAAAACUAGAAAUGCUGCGACUUAUCCACUUAGAGGUGUCAUGAAAGGGCCUAUUAAUUCUUUAACGGUUUAUCUAAAACAAAACGUGCGUGAUAUUGAUCCUGUCUGCACUACCGGAACGUCAGGAUUUAGGAUCAGAAUUCAUGAUCCCUUGCGGUUGCCAAAUUUUGAAGAUCACAGUACCCAAGUUUCUCUGAAUACAUCUAUGAUGAUAGCCAUCCAUCCCCACAUGUUAAAAGUUUCGGACGUAGUAAAGUCAUUGCCUCUGUCUGCUCGAAGAUGUUAUUUACAAGGAGAAAGGAGCCUCGAAUUUUAUAAAAGGUAUAAUCAGAAGAACUGCUUAUCUGAGUGCCUCCACCGUUUCAUCCUGUCUUCAUGUGGCUGCGUACCUUUUUAUGCGCCAAGAGAACAGACGACACCAUUAUGUGGAGCCGCUAAACUUCAUUGUGUCUUAAAAGCAAAAAGAACAUUUGAACUUGAUCUUUUAAACGAAUAUACAAGCAGAGAGGAAGACCAUAACCAGACAUGCAACUGCAAAAAAUUUUGCGCAGAAUUUGACUAUAACGUUGAAAUUUCAGUCAGCGAAUCGGAUUUUCAACAAAAUUCAGACCAUAAUCUUACCUACGAAAUGAGCCACCUUACUAUAUUUUUUAAAAGUAAGAACUUCGUGGCGUUGCAAAAAGUCGAAUUUUAUGGACUGACUGAUUUAUUGGCUCAUAUUGGAGGUCUUUUAAAUUUUUUUAUAGGAUCUUCUGUCUUAACUUUCCUGGAAAUCGUUUAUGCUUUUACUUUAAAAAUUUUAUGCAAUAAAAUUAUAUAUGGACCAUGGGCUGGGCCAGCAGCUGUGCAAUAUAAUUACGUAUUAAAAUAA